CCGGCACCUGCAUCCGGGCGCAGAGCGCAGGCCGAGGCGCGGGCAGGCCGCCCCCGCCGCUCCGGGAGCGGGCGUUGUUCUAAGUGUCAUGUGAAUUGGGCCAUCCAAGCCACACAAAAGUGACCAGUUCCAUCAAGGUGGAGGGAGAUUUGAAAUAAAGAGCUCAGAUAGACCAUGAGCAGCCACGGGAACAGCCUGUUCCUGCGGGAGAGCGGCCAGCGGCUGGGCCGGGUGGGCUGGUUGCAGCGGCUGCAGGAGAGCCUGCAGCAGAGAGCACUGCGCACGCGCCUGCGCCUGCAGACCAUGACACGUGAGCACGUGCUGCGCUUCCUGUGCCGGAACGCCUUCAUCCUGCUGACCGUCAGUGCUGUGGUCAUCGGAGUCAGCCUGGCCUUUGCCUUGCGCCCGUACCAGCUUACCUACCGCCAGAUCAAGUACUUCUCUUUCCCUGGAGAGCUUCUCAUGAGGAUGCUGCAGAUGCUGGUGCUGCCACUCAUUGUCUCCAGCCUGGUCACAGGUAUGGCAUCCCUGGAUAACAAGGCAACAGGGCGGAUGGGGAUGCGGGCAGCUGUGUACUACAUGGUGACUACGGUCAUUGCUGUCUUCAUUGGCAUCCUCAUGGUCACCAUCAUCCAUCCUGGGAAGGGCUCCAAGGAGGGGCUGCACCGCGAAGGCCGCAUUGAGACCAUCCCCACAGCUGAUGCCUUCAUGGACCUGGUCAGAAAUAUGUUUCCACCCAACCUGGUCGAGGCCUGCUUCAAACAGUUCAAGACACAGUAUAGCACGAGGCUGGUAACCAGGACCAUAGUGAGGACAGAGAAUGGAUCUGAGCCGGGCACCUCCAUGCCUCCCCCGUCCUCAAUGGACAACGGAACUAGCCUCCUGGAAAAUGUCACCUGGGCCUUGGGCACCCUGCAGGAGGUGCUGAGCUUCGAGGAGACUGUACCUGUACCUGGCUCAGCCAAUGGCAUUAAUGCCCUGGGCCUUGUGGUCUUCUCUGUGGCCUUUGGGCUGGUCAUUGGUGGCAUGAAACACAAGGGCCGAGUCCUUCGGGAUUUCUUCGACAGCCUCAAUGAGGCUAUUAUGAGGAUGGUGGGCAUUAUUAUCUGGUAUGCACCUGUGGGGAUCCUGUUCCUGAUCGCUGGGAAGAUCCUAGAGAUGGAGGACAUGGCUGUACUGGGGGGUCAGCUGGGCAUGUACACCCUGACCGUCAUUGUGGGCUUGUUCCUCCAUGCUGGUGGUGUCCUGCCCCUCAUCUACUUCCUCAUCACCCACCGGAACCCCUUCCCCUUCAUUGGGGGCAUGCUGCAGGCUCUCAUCACUGCCAUGGGCACGUCUUCCAGCUCUGCAACACUGCCCAUCACCUUCCGCUGCUUGGAGGAGGGCCUGGGUGUGGACCGACGCAUCACCAGGUUCGUGCUGCCUGUGGGGGCCACUGUCAACAUGGAUGGGACUGCUCUGUAUGAGGCCCUGGCUGCCAUCUUCAUCGCCCAAGUCAACAACUAUGAGCUCAACCUGGGCCAGAUCACGACCAUCAGUAUCACGGCGACAGCAGCCAGCGUUGGGGCUGCUGGCAUCCCCCAGGCAGGUCUGGUCACCAUGGUCAUUGUGCUCACAUCGGUCGGCCUGCCCACUGAAGACAUCACGCUGAUCAUAGCUGUGGACUGGUUCCUUGACCGACUUCGCACAAUGACCAAUGUCCUGGGGGACUCUAUUGGAGCUGCCGUCAUUGAGCAUUUGUCCCAGCGGGAGCUGGAGCUGCAGGAAGCUGAGCUUACCCUCCCCAGCCUGGGGAAGCCCUACAAGUCACUCAUGGCACAAGAGAAGGGGACGUCCAGGGGACGGGGAGGCAACGAGAGUGCCAUGUGAGGGGCCCCCAGCUCUGCCGCUCAGAGAGGAGGGAAUAGGGCUGGGGUGGGGGGGGGAUGUCCUAGGGAAGACCUGCUGCCCGAAUGACUGUGCACUGAACACACAUGUUCUGUCUGGCUUGUUUGGUGGAAACCGAGAUAAAGGAGCAGGGACGAAAGGAUGUCCAAGGCCUCCAUUUCUCUCAAAGCGCAUGGGGAGAACUUGUGGAGGGCAGUGAGCAAGGCAGUGAGCAAGGGCACAAGUCCCCCUGGGACUGGGGGUGAGGACAGCUUUGGGUCCCACAAGCUGAGGGGUCAGUUUAUGUUAUUUAUUUUCUCAAGGAGUGGUGGAAUUGAAAGACGUAAAGGAAAACUACCAUUUAUUAUAAUAAAACAAUAUUCAUGA